AUGGCUCCCCCCGCGCUCCUGCUCCUCUCUGCUCUCUUUCUGUUCCACUCGUCUUACGCUCAGCAGCCAGAAGAGUCGUGCACGGUGCAGAUCCUGGUCCCAGGACUCAAAGGAGAACCAGGGGACAAGGGCCAUAAAGGGGCCCCAGGACGACCAGGAAGACUGGGGCCUCCAGGAGACAUGGGCACACCUGGGAUAAAAGGCCACAAAGGAGCAUUGGGACGCUAUGGGAAAGUGGGGCCCAGUGGAAUGAAAGGAAAUAAAGGAGAAACAGGAGACCCAGGUCCAAAAGGUCCAAAUGGAGAGCCCGGCCUGCCCUGUGAGUGCGCUCCAAUAAGGAAGCUGAUUGGAGAGAUGGAUCUGCUUGUUGACCAGUUAUCCACAGAACUGAAAUUCAUUAAAAAUGCCCUGCCCUCCCCUGCAGCUGUCGCUGGCAUUAAGGAGACAGAGAGAGCGGCGUAUCUGCUGGUGAAGGAGGAGAAGCGCUUCUGGGACGCCCAGCUGUACUGUCAGGCCAGGGGAGGGCAUCUGGCCAUGCCCAAAGACCAGGAGUCCAACUCAGCCAUCGCCACCUACCUGCGGGAGGCUGGGGUCAGCAGGGUCUACAUCGGUCUGAGCGAUGUGGACCGAGAGGGCGUCUUCACCUACGUGGACUCGUCUCCCAUGAGCACCUUCAGCGCCUGGAGACGAGGAGAACCCAACAACGCCUACGACGACGAGGACUGCACCGACCUGCUGUCCUCGGGGGAGUGGACCGACGUGUCCUGCAGCCCCACCAUGUACUUUGUCUGUGAGUUCAGCAAGGACCACAUCUGA